AACCUGGAAUUAUGGAUUCUCAACAAAAUCUCUCCAAAACUCUGCCUCUUCUUCUUGUCUUUCGCUCACCUUCUAUGCCUCCUUUCUUCUUCAAAUCCCAGUUACAAGCUCAUUUCCAUCUCCUCGACCCGCUCGACUCCUCCGAACCAUAUCAUUCUUUCCUCACCCGGCAUGCUCCUUCCGUGCUUGCCCUUCUCUGCGUGGGAAAUACUCCAGUCUCCUCAGAAACCCUUUCCCUUCUUCCUUCUUUGAAGCUCGUUGUCGGUUCAAGUGCUGGACUUGACCACAUCGACUUGCACGAAUGCCGCCGCCGAGGCAUUGCCGUCACAGACGCUGGUCAAGCAUUUUCCGAGGAUGUUGCAGACUUUGCUGUUGGGCUUCUAAUCGAUGUUUUCAUACGAAUGUCAGCCGGUGAUCGGUAUGUUCGGUCCGGGUCGUGGGUCACAAAGGGAACAUACCGACUUGGUGGCAAGUUGAGUGGAAAGCGAAAUGGAAUUGUGGGGCUUGGAAGAAUCGGGUCCGAGGUUGCAAAAAGGCUGGUAGCAUUUGGUUGCAGCAUUGCCUACUGCUCUAGAAAGGAGAAGCCAUUAGUCCCUUACGCUUACUAUUCCACCGUCAAUGACCUUGCAAAGAACAGCGAUGGUCUCAUUCUUUGUUUUUCUUUGACAAAAGAAACUCACCACAUGAUCGACAGUGGCGUCAUGGAAGCGUUAGGGAAGGAAGGAGUGGUCAUUAACAUUGGAAGAGGGGCUUUGAUCGAUGAGAAGGAACUGGUGAAGUCUUUGGUGCAAGGGCGAAUCGGUGGAGCCAGUCUCGAUGUUUAUGAAGACGAACCCUCUGUGCCGCAAGAGCUGUUUGCGAUGGAGAAUGUUGUGUUGGCUCCUCAUGCUUCUGUUUACACUCCAGAAUCAUCUGCGGCAUUGCAAGAGCUGGUUAUAGGGAAUUUGAAGGCAUUUUUUUCUAAUGAGCCUUUGCUUUCACUAGCUCCACUUGAAUGAA